AUGAAAUGGAAAAUUUGGAUCGUUUCAUUCGGCCAUUGUUUGCUCAGCAGCGGCAGUUUGACAUGCAACGCUCGUGGAAAAUGGCAAGGAGAUCUACCGUUCUGUGGGGCAAACGUCGCUUUUCGCAAACCGACGAACCAGUCGACCACCGUGCGAGGCGGAGAUGCCGGCCACGGAAACGACGGAGAUUCGAGCACAGAGCAUGACGGGAAAAGAUGCACGGAGACUCAGAGCGAGCCUAGCCCUUGGUGGAAGGUCGACCUCCUCAAGUCGUAUUCGGUAAAAGUGGUCAGAGUGACGACCAGAGGUUGCUGCGAGGAAGGGAUCACGAAGACAUUCGUGUGCGCCAGAGCUCUGAUCGGGCAGUACGUGUUUUUGCAGCUUGUCGGAGUCGAGGGGAGCUUGAGUCUAUGCGAGGUGGAAGUGUUCGCCGUCGAUGAAUUUUCAACGGACAGAUGCGCGUACAGUGGAACGCCAGCUGACGCCGACUUGGCCGCCUUCAACUCCACCUGUUACGAGUUCGUCGUGAAGAAGGGAGGUUCUUUCCAAGAGGCGAGAAAUUACUGUCGCGCGAGAGGCGGCGAUCUCGUGCACGGCUUUCAAGGUGCAGCCUCGGUGUACAUAUUGAACAAUCUGGAGAGGCGUAAAAACAAACUGAAGACGCAGCUGGUUUGGAUAGGCGCUCAAAAGGAACCACUGAUAACAGCGAGGACAUGGCGAUGGGUCGACGGCGAGAUUGUGCAGAAACCAUCGUGGGGAAAGGAUCAGCCAAACAAUUACAACGGCGAGCAAAAUUGCGUGGUGCUGGACGGUGGACGUAGCUGGCUGUGGAACGACGUUGGCUGCAAUCUCGACUAUCUGCAUUGGAUAUGUCAAAGCAGACCACCUACUUGCGGCAGUCCGGAGAAAUCCGAGAACACAACGAUCACGGGGACCAAACGGACCAUAGGGUCUACGAUAGAUUACGUUUGCCCCGAUGGUUGCAUGUUGAUAGGAUCAAAGAGCAGAACGUGCGAGUCGAGCGGAUUUUGGAGCGGCGAGCCGGCCACGUGCAAAUUCGUCGACUGCGGCCCUCUACCCAAUCUGGAGAAUGGCGUGAUUACCCUGGUCGACGAGAGAACGACUUACGGAGCGUUUGCUGAUUACGCGUGUAAGGAGAACUACACGUUGCUCGGUGACGCCAGGCGGAGAUGCGGAGACGGCGUUGACUGGUGUCCGGAGCCACCUCAGAUUAAUGGUGGAGUUGUGACGACUACCGGAAGGAGAGCAGGCUCAACAGCCAGUUACUCCUGUCAAAAUGGCUUCAUUCUAUUCGGAGACAACGUUCUUACGUGCGACGUCGGCGGAGAAUGGUCGGGCAAAGCGCCUCAGUGCAGAUUCGUCGAUUGCGGGGCACCGGCUCAAAUCGAAUUCGGCUCGGUGACCCUAAUUAAUGGCACCACCACGGUUAAAAGUUUGGCCGUGUACACUUGCCUGGAGGACUACUGGCUGGUCGGCGAAGCGAGGCAAGAAUGCACCAAAGAAGGCAAAUGGAGCAACGAUACGCCGUCGUGCGAAUUAAUCACCUGCGAGGAGCCUGAGGUGCCGGCUGGAAGCUACGUCGUCGGGUACGAUUUGAACGUUCACAGUGCCAUUGAAUACCACUGCGAAGCAGGAUACCUACUUCAAGGCGAAAGCAGGCACACUUGCGGCAGGGACGGUGAAUGGUCGGGAGAAGUGCCCACCUGCGAGUACGUGGACUGCGGGAAAGUUCUGCCUGUGUUGAACGGAGCGGCAGAAUACGUGAAUGGAACGACGCAUCUCGGAAGCGAAAUCACUUACAGCUGCACGAGGAACUAUAGGCUAAAUGGAGUAUCGAGGAGAUACUGCUUGGACAAUGGCCAAUGGAGCGACGCGACCCCAAAGUGCGAAGAGAUUCGAUGUCCGGAGCCUAUUUACGCGGAGCACGGGAUCCUCUCUGUGACUGGCAACGAUCGAAUGUACGGUAGAACUCUUAUCCGGACAGGAACGCCGGAGAAUUCUAAUACCGGGGCGACUUCCUACAAGAUAGGUGCACUUGCGAAAUAUCGUUGUGAAAGGGGAUACAAGGUUGUCGGCGAACCUCUAUCCACUUGCGAGGACAACGGGAAAUGGAGCGGCGAGGUUCCUCGAUGCGUGUAUGUCGAUUGUGGGAAACCGGAACACAUUCAACAUGGAAGAUACACUCUAACGUCAAACGCAACUUAUUAUGGAGCAGCUGCUCUUUACGAGUGUGACAAUAAUUUCGAAUUGGAUGGAUUUGCCAGAAGGCUGUGUCUCGAGAAUGGUACAUGGAGCAGCGAUACUCCAGUUUGCAAAGAAAUUAGAUGCAAGAAUCCUGAAAGAGACGGGGUGUUAUCUACGCAAAUUUCAACUCACAGCGUGGGCGGAGUGGCUCACUAUAGUUGCCCGCGUGGAUUCUACAUGGAAGGGAAUGAAACUAGAGUAUGUUUGCAAAAUGGAUCCUGGAGUGGUAGCACGCCGGCUUGUUUCUCGGUCGAUUGCAAACAUCCAGAAGCUAUAGAAAAUGGUAGAGUGAUAGUGGUAAACGGAACCACUACUUACGGGGGGACCGCAGAAUAUCACUGUCUACCGCAAUACGAAAGAGUGGGACCGUUUUUGAGGAAAUGUUUAGACACUGGUUCAUGGAGUGGAGAGGAACCUAAAUGCGAAUUUGCGCCGAAUGAAGUAGCAGAAACGCAGGGCGUAGGUACCAGCGUUGGCAUUGGAGCUGGAGUUAUAAUAUUUAUACUGAUCAUUCUUGGACUCGUGUAUCUAAGACUGAGAAAAGCUACGCCCGUAAAAAACACCGAAAACGUUCAAGCAGCUGAAAGAAAAGAAGACCAAAACGCUGCUGUUAUGUCUUACGCCACUCUCAACGAUGGCACACCUAACACAAUGUACGAAAACGUUCCAGAGGACGGUCUUUACGAUAGUCCUUACAGUCUAAGCGGCAGUACGUACGGGUGAGUGAAAAGAAACGAUCUUUUUAGGGAUUUUGUCUCGUCGAAAAGAACGAAAUUGGUAAAUUGUUUUAUUGAAUUGAAGGUACGGCACUAAUAUGAGAAGACAUUACGGUAGAUCAGGACAUUACGAGGCGGAACCAGUUUCAAACAGAAAUGGCAUUACAAUUAACGGAGUGUCUGUACGAUAGUUGAAAAUACAAUCGUUAGAAUUUGUGUUCUUCAGAGUCAGAUGUUAUUUAUGUACAGGAGUAUAUAAGUUUUAAGCGAAGCUUUGUUAUCCUUAUUUAUAUUAUUGUAUUCGGCGCGUCGCCGAUGUAUGUAAAUAAGUAAAGAGAAACUGCGUGAUAACGAAGAGUCUACGAGAAAGUUGCGUCAAUUUUUUUUCAUACCAAUGACGUGUAACGAACGUAUUAAUUACAUACUAUUAUUACUUUGACAAUUUAAUCCGUGUACUAUUAUGUAUAUAGCGUGUUUUCCUAAUUUAGAAUUAUCUGUAAACGACGAAUUUAUAAUAUUAAAUUCGUAUGUUCAUUGGUUAUGAAAAUAAAGAAACCAAUGUUCUUGUUUUACUUCAUAUUUUAUUAUAUUUUUACAGGAACCAUAG